AGGCACUUCGCGGGCAGCCAAUCGGCGCGCGGCUCCUUCGGGGGAGUGCGGAGCCGAGGGCGGGCGAUGCUCGGGGCUCCGCGGCGCUCCGCGGCUGCCGGGCAGCGCCAUGAACCUGGGCGAUGGACUGAAGCUCGAAACUGAAGUGCUGGACGGAAAGCCUAGGCUAAUUUUAGCUUCUUCUGAUAAAUCAAAGCCUGCCAUGAAGAUGGGUAAUAAAACCAGAGCACCUAAACAGGCAUUGAGAAUAAAGCACACUGGACUCAUCUUGAGGCCAACACAAAAUGCUUGUAUCAAGCAGGAAAAUUUAACAAAACCAAGGAGUGAAUCAAGCUUAUCAAUGACAAAAGGUGAAAAACUGCAAGUUAAUAAACACUCCUCACAUGAAGCCACAACUAAAAGCUACUCUUUGAUUUUCCAAAGAGAUAAGACAAAGAGAUAUCCUGAUUCAGAGGAUCCUAGUAUUGUGAAAAACACUAAACACAAACCUCAAGCCCCACAUGUAUCAGCUGAAGACUUAAAAAGUUUGGUGUGUUUAACACAAGCACAGCUUCAACAGAUUUUGAUGAUUGUUAAAGAAGGAAGAAGCAUUUCUGAAACUCAUAAUGAAAAGCAAGAGGAAAUGGCUACUAAUGAGGCACCAGAGGAAAAUGUUUAUGCAUCACUCGAAAAAGAUUGUGAAGUGUCCCCAGUUCCAGAUGAAGCAAACUCUGAUUCAGGCAGGAAACAAGAAGCACAUCCACAGCCAGGACAGAAUGUUAUAAAGGAUUCAUGGAAACCUGCUGACUUGUUUAGUACCUUGGGUGAAAGAGAAGGGGAGAAAGCCUUAUUGGAAUUUAAAAAGGCCCAAUGGAAGAAGGAAUUAGAUGAACAGGUAGCACUGAAGAAGAAAUUGAAAGAAACCCUGGAGGGAGAGGUGGGUUAUUUCUGGGCAAAACUUGGCAGUAAGAAAACCCCUAAAGUGGAAACACCUGACCCAGACCAGACAGUGCUUCCAGCUGACUCAGUUUGUGGCACUGAGGAGAACUCUGCCUGUACAGCUGCUAUAGCCACAGAGGCUGAUGGAGUUGCACUCAAUGUUCCAAGAGCUCCAGCUGGGCAGUCUUCUGAUUUCAGUUCUUCUGACUUUCCAGCUGGCAGUUGCACAGCAUUGCCUUUCAGGGAAGCUGUGCCACAGGAGCUACCUUUUACUGCUCUGAAACAUGAGCAACAGAAGAAGUGGCUUGAAGAGUUGGACAAGCAGAAGGAAGAAGCUAAACUACGAAAAUUAGAAGAAAAACUUAAUUUAUCAAAGGCAGAAGAGCAUGACAGAUGGGAAAUGCAUUUUGAUUCUUUUAAGAACCACUUUAAUGCUAAUGCACAACACCCCUUGAAUGGGAUGCACAGACAGCCUGAAAGUCUUUCCUUGUCACCUGACCCCAAGGACCCGACUGCUUUCAUUCACCCUUUGUCCCCUGCAGCUUUAGGCAACCUCAUGCCCUCACAGAUGGGAACUGCAGAAAAAGCUGCUAAAAAUGGUACUUUGGAGCAAAGUCAGAGAGCCAGUUUCCUCCGUUCCAUGACGGCUCUGCUGGACCCUGCACAGAUUGAGGAGAGGGACAGGAGGAGGCAGAAGCAGUUGGAACAUCAGAAAGCAAUAAUGGCUCAGGUGGAAGAAAAACGGAAGCAGAAACAACUGGAGGAAGAGCAGAGAAAAUGGCAAGAGCAGCAGGAAGAGCUGCGCCUGGCACGAGAAAAAGCACAACUGCAGAAACAGUUUGAAGAAGAAAUGCUGAAACAAAAACAAAAGGAGGAACUUGCAACCCUUAAAGCCAAAGAGCUUUAUCAGACAAUGGAGAAAGCUCAGGAAUUAGCCCAGGGAUCAAAACAAGACCAGCACAUUCCAGACUUGGCUCAGAAGGCACAUGACAUUUCAGAACUUCAGAACAGUCUUGGUGGUGGUGACACAGAGUUUGACAACUGUCAUUCUGGCAUUUCAGCACCAAGUACUGAUUUCCCUGCAGGUGUGGAGAGCCCCCUGGAGCUGCAGGCCUCCCCUCGGAAGGACACGGCGGUGCAGACAGAUUGCUUUAAUCCUUCAGCAUACACAGAGUCAGCUGAGGAAAGAACUGCAUGUUGUGAAUCGCCUGAUAUUUCCAUAGAAUAUAAAGAAAUGUCUAACAGCAAAAAAUACCAGAAGGAAAUGCAGUAUAUGGAUAAAAAUAAACUUCCAGGAAAAGGGUCUGGUGGUAUUUACAGUGAUCUAUACGAGCAAUAUGCAAGAAAAGGAAGGCACAUUAAAUCUUCGGAAAAAUACAGCAAAAGACCUGACUGGAACAUAAACAAGCCUGGGAAAAGAUUCAUUCCAGCCUCAGAAAGGUACCCCAAAGCUCUGCAGAGACAGAGGGAGGAGAACAAGGUGCGCCGCCAAAUGGAGCUGCUGCAGCUGGUGGAAAGGAACAGCCCCGGGCAGCUCAGUGCAAGAAGGGGGGGGCACUCAGCCAGGUCCCUCUCACCCCGGGAAGAAGCAGCUGUGAAGAGUAAGGGCCACAGAGGCAGAAAGGAAGAAAAAUUUCAUAAGAAUCACUUGAAUGAAGAAAGAUCUGAAUCACCACCUGUUCCAGCCGUUAGGAACAGAUUACUCCAAGUACAACAAAGACAGAUGCAGGCUUCUCCUUUCCUGGUGUGUAAGGAGCUGGGUGGGAGCGAGCAGGACUCCCCGGCAGCCUCGCAGCGGAGCCGCUCCCCCGCCGCCGUCCCCCCGAGCCCGCCCUGGGCGCGGUUCGUGCCCUACGUGCGCACACGGGAGGUUUUCUGCCUCCCCCCGGAGGCACCGCCGAGCCGGCCCUCGACACAGCACACCCACGAUUCUUACCAAAUGCCACGACAGAUUUUUAGCUCAGAUCAUGUUAGAGAUCCUCUUCUAAAUCCUGAUGCAGUUACAAUCAGAGAGAGACAACAAGAAAUUCUCAAAGGAUUGUCAAAAUUACGACAGGUCACAGCAGGUAUAGAAGCUAGCAACAGACUCUCUUUCCUCACUGAAAUCAAAAGUCAGUGGAUAAGCUGAGCAAAGUGAAUUAUUUGUGAAAAAGAAGGGACAAAGUUUAAGAAAGGACUCGCCCCCAGGUCAGUACUACUAGAGCACCCCAUUGUUCCUGAGGCAGCAGCACUGCCAAGGGCUGCAGGUGACAAUGGCUGGGUGGGGACACACCCCCAAGGCUCCCUGGGAAGGUAUUUCCCAUUGCUGAGCACCCUUCCUGUACCUGUGCAACCCUCGUGAUAAACACUCAGCUGCCAGCUUCCAGGGUCAUGUGUUUCUCAGCUCUUGAUUUAUUUUAUAACUUGGUUUUGUGAUGUGCUUCUAAAUGCAAAAAACGCUCUGCAAAAAUACUAAUUAUUGACACAGAGACUGAAAACACUGACCCAUUAAUAGAAAUAAGCAGAUCCUGUUGAUUAAUUAGAAAGCAAUUCAUCAAGUAAUUGAAAGUAGGCAGCUGGUGCCUUAGAAAGAGCCAAAGUGAAGUCUUGCAGGCUGCUUUGCUGACUUUCCUUUGGUGCCACCAGGAAUCUGUGUCUAAAUUGCUGUAGGAGCUGCUGCCUUGCAUUAGGUCUGUGCUGAGCUGUGCCAGCAGCCUGUAACUCUUAUCUUUGAGAAAGGCCUUGUAACUCCUGAGAAAAAUAAUUACCUUUUCCUUUUUAAAAAAACAAACUUCUGUGGCAUCAAAUUAUUUCUGACAAGUCUAAAAUAGAUGGAGAGCAAGGGGACAGAUGUAUCAAUAUAUAUGAUCCUGUUAAUUACAGUAAAAAACCUUAUUUUUAAUUUAUUCACAUACUUGUCAUAGUUCUAUCAUGUAUGACUUGAUAGACAGGGGUACAUUUCCAGGUUUUCUGGUGACAGGUUUUCUCUAUCAUCAGUACUUCCAGGAACCAUUGGCACAGCAGGAACCUUGAACCUUCUGACAGGUGUCUGUGUCUCCUGGAAUGUCAGACACUGCUCUGGUUCCCAUGGCCCUGCUGCCCUUACUCUAUCAUUUAAGGCUAAAAGCCAAUGCCCAUCAGGGUUUUGGGUUCUGCUUCAUUCAGGAAUUCACUACAAUACUGCAAAUGCAGACAGUGCACAAAGGGAUGAGAAAGUUCCAUUUCAUGUAGUGGAAAAGUCCUUUUUCCCUCUGCAGGGUCAUCCCUGGAAUUUGGCCUGGCUUCCACUCCAGGCACACUUGGAAGGCUGCUGUAGAAGCUCCCUCUUCCCUGACUCUCUGAGGCUUUACUGUUUUUUCUGAAGUUGUGUACUUAAAAACCAUUGGGCCUUAACAAGGAAAUUGUUUUUAACUAUGAAACAAUGAUGCUACAUUGGUUCAGGCUGCCUGAGAAGACAGAACAUUUACAUUUGUAU